AUGGCCGCGGUCACUUCAGACGGCGAUGGCAUUCCCUGCAUCCCUUAUCAAAGAGGCCACAAUAGUGAGGGCGAAGGCGUGUUGCUUGCUCCAUCCACUACCAUCACCCCCACCAAAUCCCUCUUGUCAUCCCUCACGGUCGGUGGUGGUGGUGGUACCAAGACUCUUUUGCCACACCUUCACUUGUCCUCCUCCACCAUCACCUCCACAAGCAGCACUACCACCACCACCCUCACCACUUCGAGCAGCACCAGCAGUAGUGGUACCAACUCUAGUACUACCACCACCACAACCACUAAUACGGCUGUUAGAGUUGGCGGUGGACGCCCGCGAUACGCUGGCCCCAGAAAUUGCCCUCACUGUGGCAAGCGUUACUCGACCAUCGCAGCUCUGAAGUACCACGUAGGGCUGGUACACAGCGUGUCUGAUCAGGUGCCGUGCUUCUACUGCCCGAACUGGUUCGAUAUUCGCACCGACCUCAAGAAACAUCUUGAACUCGCCCACAAUGAACAUUCGUGA